AUGGCUGGGCCUUCACCGUCUCCCCACAAACCAAGGCGGAAGGCCAAGCGAGCUGUCAAUGGCGAAAGCAGCCUCAGCACCAGGCGCCAACCUUCAGCCCAGACACCGUCGUUCCCCCUCGAAGCUUUCCUGUGGUCCGCGCGAGGCUCCGUGUCGCAAUGGGAGCUGCUGCCCUUGAUCCUGAUGAUCGCCGGCCUCUUCAGGUGGGCUGCAGGGCUAUGGGGUUAUUCCGGCUUUGAGAAACCGCCCCUGUUUGGCGACUACGAAGCCCAGAGGCACUGGAUGGAGAUCACAACAAAUCUCCCCGUCUCGCAGUGGUACUUCCAUGACCUGCAGUGGUGGGGCCUCGACUACCCGCCUCUGACGGCCUAUCACAGCUGGCUCUGCGGCAAGAUCGGGUCCCUCGUCGAUCCAUCCUGGUUUGCGCUCUAUGCGUCUCGCGGCUUACACAGCCCGGCGUUGAAGAUCUUCAUGAGGGCCACUGUGGUCGUGUCUGAAUAUCUCAUCUACGUUCCCGCCGUGGUCGUCUUCGUGCGGCGUUUCAGCAGGCUGAGCGGCGUGCCAACCUGGACAGCGUCUGUGGCGCUUGUUGCCAUAUUGAUGCAGCCUGCCACUAUCCUUAUUGAUCACGUCCAUUUCCAGUACAACACUGUGAUGCUGGGAUUUGUUGUGGCCAGCAUAUCAAGCAUGCUCGCUGGCCGCUAUCUGUGGUCGGCUGUAUUCUUCGUUGGAGCCCUUGGAUUCAAGCAAAUGGCCCUGUAUUACGCUUUCUCCGUGUUCGCCUACCUCCUAGGAAGAUGCGCAUUCCCAGUCAACAUUCCGCGGCUUGUCGCGGUCGGGGCAGUGACUACGGUGUCAUUCGCCAUCUUGCUGCUCCCACUUAUCGUUGGUACCCUCAACGAUGUGAGACGGGGAAUUGACGCACGUCCCGAUCUCAAGGGCCAUCGGCCGCCUCUUCCGUUGUUCGCAGACCUGGCCGGCAACCUGGACACGGGGGCAUUUUACUACCCCGUUGUUGAGCAGCUGGUUCAGAUGCUUCAUCGCGUGUUCCCUUUUGCCCGAGGCCUGUUCGAGGACAAAGUCGCAAACUUCUGGUGCGCUUUGAACGUCAUGGUCAAACUCAGGAAAUACCCCUCCGACCUACUGCAACGCGGCGCACUGUUUGCAACCUUUGCAUCAAUAGUGCCGCCGAACCUGAUUUUAUUCUUUCGACCAAGAAAGCUCCUACUCCCACUGGCUUUCACAACAACAGCAUGGGGUUUCUUCUUAUUCAGCUACCAGGUCCACGAGAAGAGCGUUCUUCUUCCUCUAAUGCCCAUGACCCUAUUGCUCGCCGGGGGCCAGGGGCUAGGCAAGAACACGCGCGCUUGGGUCGGGUUUGCGAACAUACUCGGCUGCUGGACCAUGUUCCCACUGCUACAGCGGGUGGACCUGAAAGUGCCUUAUAUGGUGCUUACACUCCUCUGGGCUUACCUUCUUGGGUUACCUCCAACGUCGUUGAGUGCGUAUUUCCAAGAGGGUUCAAGCCUCUGGGGUCAGUGGGCUACGGCGUUCAUCCACGGGUCCUUCUAUCUGGCCAUGGCACUGUGGCACGUAUUCGAAGCUGCUGUGACACCGCCGCCGGACAAGCCAGAUUUGUGGGUGGUCAUCAAUGUUGGCCUGGGUGCUGGUGGAUUCUUUCUCUGCUAUCUGUGGUGCCUGGGGAGUCUCGUGCUGGAGAGCGGGAUCCUACCCAAAUCAUGGGGUUCAAAGCGAGACAAGACCAAGAUGCAAUAG